AUGGUUUCCGGCAGAGUCGACGUCCAUCACCACUAUGUUCCUGACUUCUAUCGCAAAGCGGUAUAUGACAGUGGUGGCGAUCCCUCCGGAUGGGAAGUGCCCAACUGGUCACCCGAAUCCGACAAGGCGUUUGCUCAAAAAUACGGGGCGCAAACAUCAAUGCUGUCUCUGACUGCUCCUGGUGCCUGUAUCUUGAAAGGAGCAGAUGGCGCUAAACUGGCUCGCGCAGCGAAUGAAUAUGCCGCCCAACUUCGAGACGACAACCCCGGAUUGUAUGGAUUAUUUACCGCCCUCCCAUCUCUCCUGGACAAAGAGCUCGCCAUGACCGAACUGACGUACGCAUUGGAUACUCUCAAGGCAGACGGGGUGACAUUAUUUACCAGAUAUGGACCAGGCAACCAUUAUCUCGGUCACCCGGAUCUCCAAUAUAUCUGGGAAGAACUGAACCGGCGAGAGGCUGUCGUCUUUAUUCACCCCACACACCCGGUCAAUACCGAUCUCAUCAGCAAGAGCCUCCCCCAGCCGGUCAUUGACUAUCCAUUUGAGACCACCAAGGCGGCCGUGGACUUGCUUGUUUCAAGGACGGUUCGAAAAUUUCCCCGAGUCAAAAUCAUCCUGUCUCACGCUGGUGGCACCCUUCCUUACCUGAUCGGACGACCGGCCAGUGUCAUGCCGUAUCUUGACCAGAGCCACACCCCUGAAGACAUGAUGGAGGAUGCCCGGAAUUUCUACUACGACACGGCGGUGGCGGGCAGCACCAAUGUUCUGACAAUCCUCCAAGACUUUGCCAAACCAGGUCAUAUCUUGUAUGGUAGCGACUACCCGUAUGCUGGUCCCGGCAUCAUCGACUACCAUACCGAAGGCCUCGACGCCUUUCCGUUCAAGAAGUCAGGCUUGUUAGAGGAGAUCAACUACCAGAACGCCCACGUGAUGUUUCCCAGAUUGAGUCGAGCAUAG